UCAACGUGCAAAACACAUCGACCGAUAUUUUCUGAUGAAUGAAAAUACUGCCGCUCGGAUGUCUCGUCUUUAUUGGGUGGAAUUACUGCGUGUAGGAGGAGUUAUACUUGCGUAAUGUUACUACAAUUCUAUAAACAUGUGUCUGAAUUACAAGUGCAACUCAUUUGUUGUUAAAGUGAAACGAAAACGUUUGAAAUUGAAAAUAAGACGUUGUGUUCAAGCGUAGAGUAGUAGUAAUUUUCAAAUCCAGACUUCGUGAAGAUGUGGAAGAAGUGUAUAUCACAGCUGUAGUGUCUGAGCCCUUAUGUCAACCCAUGACAACAUAAAAUGACAGUUGGAACUAGACAUGUGUCACCACUCAAAGUGAUUUUAAUUUAAAACUUAUGAAAAUGGCAAAACUGAAACAUAACAAUGGAUAUAAUUUUUUGGCUGGAGCAAUAUUUGGUCUCUGUUUUGGCUUUAUUAUAUCCACAUGGUGUCGUAAUAAAUUUAUUCCAUGUUCUCCUUCGUUUUCUAAAUCUGGAUGCUGUCCUCGAAAAUUACAACCAGCAUUUGAAACAGAUCAACAGUCCAUUACAGAAACAAACAAAGUCAUUCCGAAUAAUGUAUACAUUGAAGAGGAGGAUGAAAAAGGUUUUCUCUUUGUUGGAAUAAUGACUGCCAAAAAGUAUUUGGAUUCCAGGGUUGUAGCAGCUUAUAAAACAUGGGCCAGAUCAAUUAACGGAAAAGUUAUAUUUUUCUCAAGUGAAGGAUCUCAUUCUACACAUGAUAUACCCAUAGUCAGCUUAAAAAAUGUUGAUGACUCAUACCCACCACAGAAAAAGUCAUUUUCAAUGCUUAAAUACAUGAGUGACCAUUACCUUAACAAGUAUGAAUGGUUCAUGAGGGCAGAUGACGACGUAUUUAUAAAAGGUGAAAUACUUGAACAGUUUCUGAGGUCUGUGAAUAGUUCUAGACCGCAAUUUAUUGGCCAAGCUGGGGUUGGAACAAAAGAAGAAAUAGGACUACUGAGUCUCGGAAGUACUGACAACUAUUGUAUGGGUGGAACAGGGAUGGUCUUCAGUAGAGAAACACUUCGGCUUCUAGCUCCUCAUUUAAAGUACUGUGUCAACAACUUAUACACAACACAUGAAGAUGUUGAGAUUGGACGGUGUGUUAGAAAAUUUGCCGGAAUCCCAUGUACUUGGUCAUAUGAGAUGCAGAAGCUGUUUUACCAGAACUUCAAGGAGUACAAGGGAUCGUUUGUUGAUACUCUUCUCGACAAGGAGGUACAAACAGCCAUCACCAUGCACCCAAUCAAGGAGCCCAUAUACCAGUUCCGCAUCAACAACCAUUUCUCUUCCACGCGCAUACAGCAACUCAGACAAAAGCAACUUGAGCUGCAUAGAGCGAUCAGUGAAAUGAACCAGGUGCUUAAUGAAAAUUCACCUUUUGACAAGUAUGGCCUAAAACCGUCUGUGAACAGCUUCAUACCAAAUAAAGCAAGUGAGGUUAUCGGUUGGGAGUUUGUAAAUUCUAAGACUGUCUCAUCUCAUUUGAAUGUGAAUCCACGUAAAGGUUUGACCUCUUACAGAAAGGAUACAAUGGAUGACAUUGUUUCAGAGACCAUGGACAUCAUCAACAGAAACUCUCGUCAAAGGGGAAGAAGCAUUGAUUUUAAAGAAGUCUUGUACGGCUAUUCAAGUAUAGAUCCUUUGAAUGGCCCAAACUAUAUUUUAGAUAUCUUACUGACUUACAGAAAACACAAAGGUAAAAAUGUCAAUGUUCCUGUAAGAAGACAUGCAUAUUUGCACCAGUCAUUCCUGAAAACACAAAUCACAGAAUCCCCAUUGACUUCUGAACCAGAUGAUUCAAAUAGUCAGAUCUCGCCACACAUUUUCAGGGCUUUGAGAGGCCCCUUGCAGAACACACAUUUAGAUAAACUGCAUGAAACUAUACACUUUAUUCUCCCACUUGCUGGCAAGGUGCGGGAAUUUGAACGAUUUAUGAAUAUUUAUGAGCAGAUAUGUUUGUCUAGAAAAGAAAAUGCUCAAAUGCAUAUUGUUUUGUUUACCAAAAAUAGUUCCCCUGAGGAAGUAGAGGAGAUAUUGAACAUUGCUGGGAAAUACCAGAAGAAAUACCGGAGUGAUUUGAUUGAGGUGAUAGAAGCAGACGGGGACUUUGCACGGGCCAGAGCUCUUGACCUUGGGGCCAAACAGUGUGCAAUGGAUGACCUUCUGUUCUGUGUUGAUGUUGACAUUCUUCUAACAAGGGAGGCUUUAACAAGAAUACGUCUCAAUACCAUACAAAGUACUCAGAUCUACUAUCCAAUAGUAUUCAGUCAGUAUGACCCAAGUGUUAUAUGUGAAGGUCUGUGUAAGAUUGGCAUGACAAACUUCACUGCCAAGGUUGGCUACUGGAGACAGUUUGGCUACGGAAUAGCUGCCAUGUAUAGGAGUGACCUUGAGAAAGUCGGAGGCUACGACAUUAGUAUACAGGGCUGGGGUAAAGAGGAUGUUGACCUCUUUGAAAAGUUUGUCAUGAGCAACUUGACAAUAUUCCGAGCUGUAGAUACAGGAAUGAUUCAUGCAUUCCAUCCUGUAACUUGUGACAUAAACCUAGAGCCAUCUCAGUUUCAGAUGUGCGUUGGGUCAAAGGCGACCAUUUUAGCAUCUCAAUACCAGCUGGCGGAGAUGGUUCUUGGCAUGAAGGAAGUACUCAAUAGAAAUAUGGAUACCAAAGUAUGACCAAAGUCUUCCAUUUAGUGAUAAUUGUAAUUUGUUUUGUUUGUUAUCAAUAUUUGUGUGUCUGUGUAUGCUUUGCUUUAACAUUUACUUCUUUUAAACAUUGCUUGGAUGUUUUACUUACAUACUUAAAUUUCUAGAUAAUUUUCAAAAAAAUUGGAUUAUUAACAAGUUAAUUCAAUGAUUUGUACUGCCAUAAAUUCCAUAACUUUCAUUGAAUUCUGUCAAAUAAAUCAGACAUAAUUCAGGCUAUGAAAGAAAAGGUGAAAAGCAAAUGACAAGAUUAUACAGAGGAAACUAAUGACAAAAUGUGGCAGAAAAUGACUUGUGUCUGUAUGAAAGUGUUACAUACAGAUCAUAAUUAAGUUGUAUGUCUGUAUUCGUUACUUACUACAAAACUUUGUCUAUUUAUUGUAUAGGUAAAUGAUAAUGUACAAACACGAAGACUAUACAUUGUAUUUUAUGGCAUUAUAUUCUCCACAAUGUGAUGUUGUUAUACACUGUACUUGUUUGUUCUUCACUACAGUUGAGAUUCAUUUAGUUUUUUGCCAUUUGUCCAAUUUCAUGUGAGCAUUUAUGACUGCGUACAUGUUUUAAUAUGUUGCAAUACUUGUGGAGGAAAUCUCGAGACAAAAUAGUAUUAUAACGCAUAAUUUUAACAAUGUGCAAAGCAUCAUCUAUUUUUCCUUGUCACCAGGUCAUGAUGUCUGUGUUAAAAUGUCCAUUUAAAAUUCACGUCUAUGUAAAUUUGUUGGAUGGUUAAGCCAAUUAUCAUCAUUUGUGUGACUGCAUGACAUUUGUUACAGCAUCGGCUUUAAAAGCUAUGUAAUGUUUUGAUGUGACUUCCACAGCAUGCAAUCAGAUUUUUAUGCAUUUUUCAUUGGUAAUGUCUCCAAGCUGUUGCAUAUGUUUUCAUUAUUAUUUUAAUGGGCUUUUUUUUUAAUUCAAAGAGAGGUAACUCAAACAUCAAUGCCUCAAAGACAAUUAGGCUUCUAGUUCUUGAGCACCUGCCAGAUGUAGUGCAAUAUUAGUGCUAAUGAAUCAAUGAUAUAUGAUUAUUUCUGUUUUGUAUGUUUACAGACAAUAGCAUAAUUGUGAUUAUAUUAUUUCUCCUAAUAUAAUAUUUUCUCUGUUCUCUUGCCAGUUAUUUCAGUUGCCAAAUUGUUUGUGUACACUAUAUUAGCUUGCAAUGAAACAAUUUAACCCACUUGACAGUGGUCUGCUCUGUUGUAGCCUAGUAUUUUUUGUUGCAUUUUAUAUAAAGUCUGUUGUUCUGACAUAAAAGCCAUUAUUAUUCUUUGAUGUUCUUGUUGUGGCUGGUUACUAGACUAUCUCUUGAUGUCAUUUUUAGCUCAACUUUUCAAAGAGUAAGGAGAGCUUUACUACUGACCAUAGGGUCGCCAACGCCAACACACCUUGAUUAAGGUUUUGCAUGUGAGCACCGUGAAAUCUUUAUCUCAGCAAAGGCAUCAUUUAUUGCAUUGAAACUUUAGGUUUGUUUGCCCAACUAUCCAACCCACUUAAUUAAUGAAGUUAGAAAACACUAAUUUGAAUAUAAUGCAAACAAUGGGCCUUUUUUAUUAGAAAUUCUGGUUACAGUGUUGCAUGUAAGCACACAUAGGUUAAUAUCUCAGCAACUACUUGAUGUAUUUCAUUGAGACUUUAUACAACUGUAAUCAACCAUCCAACAUACUUGAAUAACUAAGUUAGAUUACUGUAUUUUGCAAAUGAUGGCCUUUAUAGUUCAAUUUUAGAAAAUCAUGGUAAGGUUUUGCAUGUGUCCACAUUUAAGGUAGUAUCUCAGCUAAAACAUCGUGUAUUGCAUUGAAACUUUAAACAAGUGCUCCAAACCAUUGAAUCUUCUUAAAACAUCAAGUAAGAUCAUUCUAUCUUGCAUAUAAUGCAAUAUUUGCCCCAUUAUUAUUUGACUUAAUUCUGGUGUUUAAGGUGUUGCAUUUUACAUUGUUGUACUAAAACUUUGCAAUUCUUAACUUAAAAGUGUCUGAAAAGCUAUUGUCUCUGUGACAACUUGUUAGUACAUAUCCUUUACGCCACUCUAAUUUAUUAUUUUUGUUGAACAGAAUUUGAUAUCAACAAAAUGUUUUUGUUAGAAUUUUUCUUUAAUUUUAAACAGGAGUCAUUAAAAGUGAUUUUUUCCCCUCUUAUUCCUAUGUUUUAAAAGAUACAACUUAGCACUUGUUUGUACAAAUGUCAACACAUGUUCAUCUCUCAAACUGACUCUCUUUUUAACCAGGUUUUCAACAAAAACUAGGUUAUGAGAAUGGGGAUGUUGUUGGGCAUGCAGGCAGGCUUCAAACAUUGGUUUCUGCCCAAUAACCAAAGCUACCAUUGAUGGAUAGUAAUGAAAGUUGGUGUGUAGGUAGCUUAUGUGAAGAGCUAGCUUGAGAUUACUUUGGAGGGAAUGUGGUCAAGGUUUAUGUUACUAAAACUAGAAAAAUGGUUUCCAUGCAAUAACUUAUGAAAUGAUGGAUAGUUAGGAAAGUUUGUGUGAAGAGCUAGCUAGCUUGGGAUUGCUUUUGAGGGGUUGUGGUCAAGGUCAAGGUCACUGUAACUUAAAAUAGAAAAAUAGUUUCAGCCCAUUAUUUCAGUUACAGUAAUGAAAAAGGGUGUGUAGGUAGCUUUUAUGAAGAGCUAGCUAGGGAUUUCUUUUGAGGGGUUGGGGUCAUGGUCAGUGUUACUAAAACAGAAAAAGGCUUUCCGCUUUCCAACUUUAGUUAGAAUUGAUGGAAACCUAACACAUAAAAUACUUAACUAGAGUACAGUUACGUUUAUAUUUGAUAAAUGUAACGAUAAAGGCUGAUACUUUUUCAGAACUCGUACAAUAAAUUGAUUGGCCAUAAUUUCUGUUUGCCCAUAUUAAAAACCUGGUUUUGUCGCAUAGUGACACUUGUUAUUUAUACUUUAUUGGUAAAAAAGAAGAUAAAACUGAUGAACGCUAAAAUCAUUUGUCGUGGCCUUUGUGUUCAAUCAAAAGCAUAAAUUAGAAGUAAAUUUUGUCCUAUGGCCAUCAAUUGUUAUUGACAUUUUUAUGGUGAGGUAAAAUCGUAAAUACUUUUUAUAGAAAUUGUUCCUUAACAAAAAAAAAGUUUAAUAAUGACCAUCAGUGAAUAGUUCUUUCAUAUAAUAAAAAAGAUUACCAAAUGAAACUUUAAGGAAAUGUAAAGAUAUUAUAAACCAUUUAAAUAUUUUUACAUAAGACAUAACAAAUGCAGACAUCUGUCUUCCUGAUAUAUUGAUGUAAACGAUGCACCAGUCCUCUACUGUCAACAUACAUUUAUAAUAUGAGUGAAACAGAUGAAACUCUUUUCAUUUAUGUUAGAAAUGGACAGUUAUGUCAACAGACUUAUCUUUUAUACACUAUAUAUUCAUAUUUCUAACUCAUGUACUUUCUGAACAAGUGGCAUAUGUUUUUUAUGUUAUAAUCUUAAUUAUUUGUAACUGCUUUUUUCCCAGAAUUUUUAUUUUCUAGUCAUAAAGCUUUUCAUAAUGUUGUUUUAGCCUGAAUUUCUUUAUGCAAGUAACAAUUCUUUACUUUGAAAUAGUUGGAACAUAUUUGGUCAAAUCUGAAUGAUUAAGAAGGUUGGAGCAAGCUAAGGCAGUAAGUCUUCCUUAUUCAUUAAGAUUUUACCUACCAUGUUGUAAAUGUCUUAGAUUGUAACCCAUUUUCAGCAGACAGGGAACUUAAUUAUGAUGUCAUGUAUGUUAAGUUGUUAAACUACAAAUCUUUAGGAUUAUGCUUGUUGAAGGCUAAUAAGCAAUUUUAUUGGCUGGAAGGUCGGUUAUUAUCUAACGUUGUGUUAGUAUAGGUGUGUUGAUUUUAAAGCUUUAUUUGAUGGUGACUGACUGGGUGUGAUUUUAACAUAUUUAUUUUUAUCUAUGUAUUUUACAGAAUAAUUAUCACUUGUUGUUAUAAAGCUUUACAAUUGAGGAUUAAUGUAAGGUAUGACAUAACAUACAGCUGUCUUUGUCUGCAUGUUUUUUUGCUCAGUUUUAAACCCAAUGUUGAUUAAGCCAAAGAUAAGUCUGUGUAUAAUGACACAGUUCUAUUUCACCACUAAGUAGUAGCGUUUGAAGUGGUUGAACACAAUUUGAAGUAGAGUCAUUUUAAUUGUUCAGAUUGGCCUAUUCUUAUACAGUUAGUGUAAUGUUUAGGCCCAUGUAACUCCAAAUGUAAUUUUUGUUGAAUAUGCUGUUUCCUUCGGCAAAUAGGUACCGGUAUAUGAAUAUUUCAGUACAUGUUUGUGAUUCUUUUGAAGGGAUAAAUGUUUCACCCUAAUUUAGAAAGUAUGAGGGAUAUUUAUUAAUUUAUAGAUGUUAUUAUAGGUUUAAAUAACAAGAAUAGUGUAAAUACAUUUUAUGAUGAAAUAUCGUAGUUUUAAAUGCUUAUUUUGAUGAUAAACAUGUAAUGUACUAUAUGUCUGGCAAACCAAUCAAAAUAUUACCCGUUUAAUGAAUUCACAUAUAAUUGAUGUAAAACUAUUUUACGUGUUGUGACCAAUUUCAGGUCAUUAGGCCAUGAAUGUUUUUUGUCUGAUUUUCCUUUUCUUCCCAUAGAUGUUUUUAAUAAACUAGACGUUUUAUGCAAGGAAUCAUUUUGAACUAAAACAAUGCAACAGAGAGUACUCAACAAUAAACUUCUAUAUGAUAUUUAAUACAGUCACAUAAUUUUCAUAAUAUACUACGUUUGCAUAUAACUAUGUUUUUAUUACACAAUUUUUAAUAGGUUGUAUCACUUUUAUCCAUAAUACUUUAAAAUUCAUAAUUAUGCAUGAGUCUAUAUCAUUUUCGUUUUUAUCUACUUAUGAAGGCUGAACGCUGAAACGUUUAAAUAAAAAAAAUUUUUUUUUAAAAACAACAACAUGUCUAUGUGAUUUUUAGCUGGUGCAAUGGUGCAGUGUCCUUGCGUCUAUAAACAAUGGCCUGUGAACCCGAUCAUGUUGAACAGUAGUUAGAUACUCAUGAGAGCUCUGUUCCUUUUGAAAACCAGCCAGAUCUGCCCAUAUAUGACUGGAUUAUUGCCCUUGAAAUGCAUUUUUUAGGGAGACAACUUUGUUCAGAGAGUUGUUUAUUAUUGUAGUGUAGUCUCCCUUUGAAACAUGGUUACAUGUAGAGCAUAGCCCUCAUGGGCCUCUUGUUUUAUUUUUUUAUAAUGAUAUAAAGUUUUGUUUCAAAUAAAGACUGCUAAAGUGUAUUAGAAGGUUCCUUCUUUGUUGGUGCUGGAUGCAUGCAUGUAUGUAUUUUGAGGUCUAGAAGUCCCAAGUUUCACACUAUUUUCUGUGAUCCUGUAAUGCUCCCUAUCAACUUUUGUAUCUAUGCAACAAAAUGUUUGUCACAAAAUGGUAUAGUAUUUUAUUAUCUUAAAAUAAUGUUAUACAGAAAUGCCUCUUAUAUUUAUUUUAUUUUAAAAUGACCCUGUGCAUACAUUUUAUGACUAGAUGACUUGUGAAAGAUCAAAAAUAGUUUAGACUUACUGCCUAAUUGCAAGUCAUUUAUUUUAUUUUUGUUCUGCUGUUCAAGGCACCAAAAUGUACCCUAAUAUUCUUAAGGCUAUUUGGGCCUAUGAUAAACUUUAUUGAAAUGAAAGGAAUGAACAUUUCAUAUGACUUGUGAUGUUUUAAUUAUGUCAUACUCAUUAAAUUAUGUUUUAUCAUAGUGUACAUUGUUAUUAUUAAAAGGCAAACUGUG